CAGAGUUUUUUUUUAGUCCAUGCUGACCCGGAAGAACUUCUCCCAGCUUCAAACCAAACACUUCAAAGUAGUCUGGUUUUAGGCUCUUCUCCCUUCGGUGUACGUUAGCUGAAGUUUGCUGUAGUCUAAUGAAGCGAAAAGAAACCUAGUAACAUUGGCGCAUAACCAUUGUAUAUCUCCGCUAAUGUCACCAUAAUGUAGUCGUCCAUUUUAGGCUACUGCAGGACAGUUGUACAGGAUAUCUCAAAAAUUGACCGCAUGUCAUUCAAAACAUAGCCAGCAUGGGGACGUUAGGUAGGUCAGUGAUCAUCGUUUGUUAAUCUUCACAAAUUUUGAUGGCACGCUGAAAUGUUUACGAUGACGCUGACAUUUUACUCACUCAGAUCGUAGCCCAACAGGAAGGGAACGAUCAGAGGUUUAACCAACAUGUUUGCGAGAAGUCUUAGCUGACAUAAGAUUCAAAACACAAGUUGUUUUGGAUUGUAAACGCAGAAUGGUCACAUUAGUGUGACAUAUUUUUUCUAAUCUUGAGCAAUUCGUCUUUUCAUUGUCGACACGACAGUAAAAGGAGUUUAACUACCCUCCUUAAAAGUUACGAACGUUCUGGUUCCGAGAAGUGUCAUAGCGAGAUAGCUGGGUGGCUACAGAUCCUCGACUGUUAGGGCAAUGGGUGCCCUGCGUUUAUUUACCGGCAUAAUGGGCAGGAUCAGUACUUUUAGAUCCUACCAAAUCGUCCUCCUCCUCGCAGCUGCCUUGGCAGUUGUUGCAUUCUAUUAUUUCGGUUCAGAGAGACAGAAUUUCUCCAGCACGACCAAGCGCAUCAAACAGACCCAGGCAAGCCACAACGCCAAUCGCAACGAUGCUGACCUGUCGCUGGACACCAGGUUGUUGCACGCCGAGGAAAAAGCGGGGGCUGCUGGGGAAGGCGAGGAAGGUAGGGCGAGGAGGACGCACAGCCAGCCCGAGGAGAUGCAGCGUUACCAUGCGCUAAUGAUGUUCACCAAGGUGGACAAGAACAGGGGCCUUCAGGCCAAAUUCCAGGUGGCGAUGCGUUCAAUGGCCAAACACGGGCGCUUUCUGGAAGAGGAGGUACUCGUGCUUCACUUUGUGAGUGAUGAGGCGAGCCAGGAGCUGGGCAAGCAGUUGCUCCCUGAGCUGCUUCUGGAUGCCUCCUUCAAGUAUGAGGUGGCUUUCCACAAUGUGGCUGCCCUAACAGAGAGGCUCUUCCCCAUUGUGGAGGCCAUGCAGAAGCACUUCAGUGCUGGCUCUGGGGCCUACUACAGCGACUCCAUCUUCUUCCUGUCAGUCGCCAUGCAUCGCAUCAUGCCAGCUGAUAUGAAGCAUAUUGUCCAGCUGGAUUUGGACCUGAAAUAUCGAUGUAAUAUCAGAGACCUCUUCCAGGAGUUCAACCAGUUCCAACCUGAAGCUGUUAUUGGAAUUGCCCGGGAAAUGCAGCCUGUGUACAGGCACACGUUCUGGCAGUACCGCAAGGAGAACCCCAAGUCCGUUGUGGGCGACCCUCCUCCCGAUGGCCAGCCGGGCUUCAACAGCGGCGUAAUGCUGCUGGACCUCGAGGCCAUGCGGGCCUCGGCCCUCUACAACCGGCUGCUGGAGCCCGAGCGCGUGGCGCGCCUGGCCGAGCAGUACCACUUCCACGGCCACCUGGGCGACCAGGACUUCUUCACCAUGAUCGGCAUGGAGCACCCGCGGCUCUUCCACCCGCUGGCCUGCGGCUGGAACCGCCAGCUCUGCACCUGGUGGAGGGACCACGGCUACGGGGACGUCUUCCAGCUCUACUACCGCUGCCCGGGGCCCGUCUACAUCUACCACGGCAACUGCAACACACCCAUACCGGACGACUGAACGGCCCCGGGCGGGCGUCAGGACGCCUCGGAGAAGACAUCAAGACCAAUCGGUAGCGUUGGGAGAAUUUGGAACAAGCCUGAAUGUAGUAGCGCCAUUUAGAAAAUGCCUAAUGCAAUACCAAAUUAAGCACAAAAGAGGAGGAACUUUUGGUAAAAUAAGUCCUUUGUGAGAGCAAUGGACAAGGUACCUCACAAAAUUGUUUUUUUGGUGCCAACCUGUUUUGACAGGAUCCAAUUUGGCAACAGUGUAUUACCUUAAUAAGAAGGGCUAUUCUGUGAUUACUUACAGUAGAUUCUGCCACUGGUACAAAAAAAGGGACAGCAGGGUCCAAGUUAAAGCUGUGCAUCUUUUUGCCAUUGCAUCAUUUCAGAAAUGUUUAGACAAUGAACAAGCUAUAUUUUUUGCCAGAAUGUCAUAUUUUGACAACAGUGUUCUAAAUGUUUCUAAAAUAUUUGUAAUUGUUUUCCAUUGAAUUGCUGAUUGUGUAAAUAGAGGUCUCUCUGUUGCCGCUUUUAUUUUUUUGUCAUCGUUUUAGCUCUCACCCGUCUGGUUGUAAUUGAAUGGCUAUGAUUGAGUCAUUAGUUUGUUUUCUGCAGUUCUCUGACCCUCCCGGAGUCCAUCCCUUAUCUGUGUGUUUCAGGAGGGAAGGCAGGCGGUAGACUCCACUGGCCUCUCCGCUCCCCCUGUUAACCCCGUCACACCAGCACUGCCCCCUCCACUGGCCUCUCAGCUCCCCCUGUUAACCCUGUCACACCAGCACUGUCCCCUCCACUGAGCCACUCCACUCCACUGACCACUGAGCCAUGUGACUGGUUUGUCGUGGUAAAGAUUGUUCCCUUUGAUCCAUCCACCAUGAUGACGUACGUGUGUGUGUGUGUGUGUGUAUGUGUGUGUACAAUAGUAAACGUCUAGUAAAAGUACAGGCUAGGAAUGCAGAAGAGGAGGGUACAUGACAGUCGAGCAGCAGCAGCAGCAGUGGAGAGGUGAUGGGGAGUGAAGCGGAGCACUGCUCUCCCCCCACACAGAUAUCCGCUCUGCCUUUGAUGGCUCUGUUGUGUUGCUGGAGGACUCCCACACACGCGCUCUCACAUAUGCAGUUACAUUCACAUUCACUAACCUUUCUUUCUCCCUCUCUCUUUACCUCCGCCUCUCUCUCGCUCUCUCUCUCUCUCUUUCUCGCUCUCUCUCUCUCUUUCUCUCACUCACUCUCUCUCUGACCUCUCACUUCACCUCUUAAACUCUUUGCAUUCUUAAGCGUGUGAAGCUAUGCAGAGCAGCAGCAGGCAUGUUCUGGCCGCCUGACUCCCUCAUAUUCUCUCGUAUGGACGAGCUGCUGUGCGCACAGAGCUCCGUUCUGCCGUGACCUACUUUCGGGACUUUGACACCCUCAGCCACCCUGCGCCCGCUCGACUCCUCUCUGCUCCUCUCCUCUCCUCUCGGCUCGGCUUACGGCCGCCUGCUCAAGGUCUCCUCCAGCGCUGCACGCUCACAGGGACGCUGAAUGGGAUUAAAUCGCUGCUCGUGGAUGAAUCGAGGGAGGCAGGCACUCUCAGUGGUUGGCUAUCUGUAGGCAGAGGGUGGGGUGGGGUGUGGGGGGUUAAUGUUUGCUGAUUGGCAGAUGCAUGUAGCGUGAGUGUGUUCUGCUUGGAGACUAGGUGUGCCAAGGCACAUUCUUGACUGCUGCAGAGAGUUCUGGCAGUUUUCAGGGGGUUGGGAGGAGGGGGGUCGGGGGGGUGAGUCGUCCCCCCCCCCCCCACUCUCCCACCCCUCCCCAACGCCGGUGUCUGACCCCCAGGGAGGAUCAGGCUCCCAUCAGAUCAGGAGGCCGAUAAUGGGCCGAGAGGCAGCGUGCUGGUUGUUUUGCUUGGCUGUUGGUGGGCCUCUUAUCAAGGCACAGCAUGCUCCUUGGCAAGCCCUAGUCUGUCUGCACUGCCCUCAUCGAAAGGACAGUGUGACUGGGCGCGAGGGAGCAGGGAAGGGAAGAAUACCUCCCUUCAGUCUGACCCCCCCCAUCCCCCCCCCCCCCCCCCCCCACCCCCAGUGUUGAUGUGUGGAGCGGUUGCCAGGCAGUGCAAGACCCAGACCCAGUUUCCUGAGGCCAGCGGCCUGAAUGCGGACUCUGAGGGACGGGGUCAGAUGAAAGUGUUAUCGGAGGCAGCGAGACGGGGGUGAGUGUCGCUGUGCUGUCUGGCUCCGCCUCUGGCUCUGGUUCCGGUGAACCAGAUCAGUCUGUCCCCAGAGAGGUCCAAUCAAUACUAUAAGUUGGGCCGCCACUGUUGAAUCUCUGUUCAUGACUCAGACAGCUCUAGCUGAGAGAGAUUAUAAAGGAGAUUGUUUUUCUAGCCCAUAAUAUUUUCCUUUGUUUUUACGUUAGUUUUAUCACUGGAAAAUGUUUCCCUCUUUUUCUUUUCCUCACCUUUUAUUUUCCGUUUGCGAAGAAAUUGAAUAACUGUGGUCCAUUGCAUUUUUUGUGAUUGUCCAAUGAAGUACUGCACUCGUUACUGUGCUGUCAGUUAUAUUAUGUACGUUUGUGUCACUUUAUUAUGGCCAAAAAGUUGCCAAGCCCUGGUCCUCUACAUUGAAGCAACAACAAUUAGAAUUUCCAUUUAGAAUGAUGAAGUUCGAUCGAUUAGUCCACUUGAAGUGUUGGAAAAGGUUACUGACUUGAUGUACUGUGGUCUUAAAAUCCAAUCAAUGAAGGCUAAUCUGUCAAAAAGGGAAGCUGCAAAUAUGAAUUUAUAAUAUUUGUCUAUUUAAAAAAAAAAUUGUAUUUUAUUAUUUGCCAGUGUUGUUAGUUGUUUUGUUCUGUAUCAGUGUUUUUACAUGUAAAUCAUAAAAUGAAUAAUAUUUCAAUCUUAACAGGACACUUGUCUUUAACCUAAUUGUUCUAGUUACAUCACCAGUUGACACACUUCAGAUGAGUGCAGCUAAGGUGCUGUAAACAAAUGUGUUGUUUCAUUCCCAGGAUAGCUCUGUGUUGAAUUGUCUCUCUCUCUCUCUUGACCUACAUCUGGUUGUUUGUUUGUAUUUUAUUUGUUGUCAUUAUCAAAAUAAAUUGAAUCUAUUUGUUCAA